AUGAAUGGCUACGGGUCCCCCUACCUGUACAUGGGGGCUCCGGUGUCUCAGCCCCGGGCCCCGCUGCAGAGGACCCCAAAGUGCGCGCGGUGCCGGAACCACGGAGUGCUGUCGUGGCUCAAAGGUCACAAACGCUACUGCCGUUUCAAGGACUGCACCUGCGAGAAGUGCAUCCUCAUCAUCGAGCGGCAGCGCGUCAUGGCGGCGCAGGUGGCGCUCCGCAGGCAGCAGGCCAACGAGAGUCUGGAGAGCCUCAUCCCGGAGUCACUCAGAGUGCUGCCCGGCAUCGGCAUACCCGGAGCCGUCGAGGGGAACCAGGGAGCCCCGUCGAGGACAGACGAGCUGGAGCUGAGGUGGAGCAGCAAUGAGCCGGUGCAGGCCGGAGCACAGACAUGCACAGAUGAGGGUCCUGAUGAGGGGUCCGGGGGUGAAAAUGGGGGAAGCUCCAGUGAGAAGGAGCAGGAGCCGGUCAGCUCCCCCGAAGGCUCCAAACCAAACUCCUGCUACACCCCGGAGCCUCCAGAGACGCCCUCCCACCCGGAGGAGAGGCGCUACAGCCUCCCCAAAGCCGGCAGCGCUGAGAAGGAAGCCAAAGCCGAGAGUCCUCACAAGCAUCCCGUCAGCUCCGGAGAGCAGAGCGUGCUCAUCGAAGGCCUCACCGGCUCCAUCAACCUGCCCUUCAGCCUCCGGGCCAACCGGCCGCCGCUGGAGGUCCUCAAGAAGAUCUUCCCCGCUCACAAGCCUCCUGUCCUGGAUCUCAUCCUCAGAGGCUGCGGGGGGGAUCUGGUGGGCGCCAUCGAGAUGCUGCUGUCUAGCCAGGGUCCUGACAGGAGCGCGCACCCGCACGCCGACCAGCACCCGGAAGCCCUAUUACUGCCUUCAAACGGACACCUGUUCGAGCACACUCUGGGUGCCUACCACCCGGUGUCCUCCACCGCCAAGUGGUCGGUGGGCUCUGCUUUCCGGGUCCCCGAGUCUCUCCGGUUCACAUCCGACUCUGCGUCGGGCGUGGUGUCCGCCGGCCCGCUGGGUGUCCCCCUGCAGCACCCGUCCUUCCCGCAGCCCACGCGCUACCCGCUCAUGUUGCGCAACUCUCUGACACGCAGCCAGGGCAGCCCCUUCGUGCACAACGACGUGACUCUGUGGAAUACCAUGGCCCUGCAGCAGCAAUACCAGCUCCGCUCGGCGGCCCAGUACGUGUCGCCGUUCUCCCCCGCAGGCCCCGCCGGGACCGGGGGCUCCGUGUUCCGCAGCUCCGCCAUCCUCCCCUCCAGACAGUCCGAGGAGCAGCGCAUCAGCAUCCAGGAGGAGAGCUGCACGCUGGGGUCCAAACCCGGCCUCUACUCGCCUGAUGAGGAGUACGAAGAACGCUCCGACUCUGCAGACUCCCGCAUCCUCAACUCCUCCACCUAAACAAGCUGCUGAUGGACUCACACAGCAGGGGGGACACCAAAAAUGUAUUAUUGUGAAUGGACAU